UGGAAUGUUCUAAGGAAUGUAGCAAUACGAGUUCUGAACGUUUCACAAUUUCAAGUGAAUCAGUUAAGAGAAGUGUGCUUUCUUCUCACAGACGACUUUGGAUAGUGCAGCUUUUAUCUGUCUGUUUACUACCUUAUAGGAUUAAUCCACACUGAAGGCAACUCAUCAGAAAGCUUACACACACAUUUGAAAACACGUUCAAGAUAAACAGUGAACUCGGACAAUGCUUUUCCAACUUCAAUGAUCAUAUUAAAAUGACAAGCAGCUGAAGAGAUUGUAGAACAAACUGCAACAAAAUAAAACAGCCUGAUUUUCUUGACAAGUACACUAGAAAAUAAUCCUUGAAGAAAAGUCGCAAUGAGUAUAAAGUCAUUUUUUUAAAUGCGAGGCAAAGUCUGCCUUGAGAAGGUGUGUAGGUGAAAUGGGAGUGCAGUCUGCCUGGGUUGUUUAUUGAUGGGCUGGAUUAUUUGAAGUAGGCAAAGUCUGCAUCUUUUUGAAUGGAGGAUUGAGUCAGGAAAUUCACAGAGCUGAGGUUUUCUGAGAUAAACAGGUGAUAUUACAUUUUGGAACCUGACUUACAUCAUUUUAGUUAUUUAUUGUUGCAGAUGUUUGAAGAAAACAUUCAAUCUUUAACAAUGCCUUCGGCUCAAAUGUAAAUGUAACUCUUUGCUACAUAAAAGGAAUGCAAAUCUCAGCUGCACCAUAGUUUGCUAAAACUCUCUGAUCCAGGAAAAUGUGUUUCUGAUUUACAUUGUGAUCAAGCAAAAGAUCAUCAAAAGGCUGUUAUGAACUUCAAACAUUAAUUAGUGAGGUCUUAUUCAGAGAAGUACAAUCUGUAUCAGUAAAGCUGAAACUUGUAACUGCUAAAGGGUCAUGUGACUGAUCAUGGGUGAGUUUGAACAGGUAGCUGGUAAAGUGCUUGGCAGGCGAAAUGACCGCUUACAGAGAGACCCUGAGGAACUUCUACACUUUACAACAUGUCUACGAGCUGUUGCUAAGUGCCUGACAGCUCUCAGACACCUUGUGCAUAAGGCAGGAGAUCCUGAAACUGUUAUCAAUGCUGUGAAAUCGAUACAAACAGACUUAGAAGAGGCACUUAAAUAUCUCUUUAAUCAGUACCCAACACUGGAUUCAGAUGAACUACGCCAGGCUGUAAACCAUCUCAUGCAAGGUAUAAAUGAACUCAGCAGUCAGUCAAACAGCAAUGAAAGCAGAAAACGAUUCAGUGAUAUAUUCCGUGGACUUGAUGCUCUUGAAAUUUCCAUUGGAAAUGCGACUGUUGAUUAUUUUACAGUGGAGUCAGACAGUGAUAAUCCCCCAACAACUGAGCCAUCACCAGAGACAGAAGAAUUACCGUCAGAUGACAGUUUAUUUAUCCCCCAGAAAAGCAACACAGAAGGAUCAAUCCAUGGCAGCAUUACAGAUGGGGAAGCAGACGUCAUGCUGAUAAAAUGUGAAGGUGGCGUAGAAUCAAGUCUACACUAUGCCAAAAUGUGGUGCAGAUAUGCAAAGGAACUACUGAACUGGAUGGAUAAACGUCUUAAUCUUGAAAUAGAAUUUGCCAAAAGCAUCAUGAAACUCGCAGAGAGUGGCAAGUCAUCUGUACGGCAGCAGGGGCACAUGCCUUUGCAGAAUAUAUAUACUCUGGCAAUGGAACAUGAUAUCACAUGUGCAGUUAGAAUGCUACAAAACGUUGAGGAGCUACAGAUGAAAAGAUAUAUUGCGCCACUUUUAGCAAAGCGGAAUGAAGUAGAAAAAUGGCGUAAGGAGUUCAAAGACCAGUGGACAAGGGCACAGAAAAAAAUGAAAGAUUCUUUGACUUCUCUCCAGAAAUCCCGCAAUCAGUACAUUCAGCGCUCUGAAGAAUUAGAAAAAGCUACCCAGCUGAGCUCUAAGAUUGAAGAAGAACAACUGGCAAUGAGCAGUCCAAGUCCCAGUACUGCUAUCAAACAGCUGGAAAAGCUGGAAAAGAAACGCUAUUCCCGUGAAGAAGCACUUACAAAGGUACAGAAGGCUGAGACAUCUUACAAAGCAUGUGUUAAGGAUGCUAAUCGGUGCCAGAAAGACCUGGAACUGACAAAGGAAAGAAUUGUCACACAUGUUCGCAAACUUGUGUAUCAAGCAGACCAGGUUUUAAAAGAGGUUACCCAAAAUGUGUUCCUCUUGAAUCAGACCACCACUCAGCCAGUUCCUUUGGGCUUUCAGAGUUUAUUUGAGAACUGUAGUCCUUACAUUAUUGGUGAGAAAUAUCUGGAAUUUGUUCAGAGCCUGACUAGGAAGGAAGAGCCUUCAGAAUUAUAUGAAUUUGAGGAGUUUACCUCAGGGAAAAGGUCCCCUACACUUUCAAGAAAAAGAAGUGGAGGGCAUCACGGUUCAUCUCAAACACUUCCCCAAGGUGACCAAAUGGGAAAUUUGGAAGAUGGUACCAUCAAAAGAAUUGGAGGCGGAGAACUAAAUGCUCGAAACAGUAAAAGUGUAUGCAGUGAUCUCAACAGUCUUGGAGGAAGCAGUGAAACGAGAUCUUUGGAUUCACCCACUUCUAGCCCAGGUAUGGCUCAGCAAGCUCAUGCAAUGAGGAAGUUACCAAAAGCUUCGUCAACAGCAACAAUCUCGUCAGAGGAACUUGACGAGAAGGAAGAAAAUGCUUCCUUAGAGCUUAAUGACUCAACCACAGACAUUUCCAUGCAUCCGGGACCUUUUAGAAAUACCGUGUUUUCCAAAGCAGCCCAGACUCAUCGGUUUCGGAAGUUGAGAGGCCCCUCCAAAUGUAGGGAAUGUGACAACUUCAUGAUGAAUGGAGCAGAAUGUGAAGAGUGUUCUCUGACAUGUCACAGAAAGUGUCUAGAAGGUCUUUUGAUUCUUUGUGGCCACAGAAAGCUACCAGGACGGGUACAGCUAUUUGGAACUGACUUCAGUCAAAUUCCUAGACACUUUGCAGAGGAAGUUCCUUUUAUCAUUACAAGGUGCACAGCUGAAAUAGAAACCCAAGCUAUUGGAGUUCAGGGACUAUAUCGAGUAAGUGGGUCAAGAGCUCGAGUAGAAAAGCUGUGUCAAGCGUUUGAAAAUGGAAGGGACUUAGUAGAAUUAUCAGAUAACUCACCUCAUGACAUCACUACCGUACUCAAGUAUUUCUUGAAAGAGCUCACUGAACCCGUAAUACAAUUUCAGCUCUAUGAUGAGUUCAUCGCAUAUGGAAAAGAGCUCCCAAGAAACAUAGACUGUACAAAGGAUGCUGAUCCCUCAAUAAAAGAUCAUAUCAACAAACUAAAAGAUAUUUUGGGCAAACUGCCACCUUCAAACUACAACACUUUACGGCAUCUGAUUGGCCAUCUCUACAGAAUCUCAGAGAGAUAUGAGGAAAACAAGAUGUCUGCAAACAAUUUAGGAAUAAUUUUUGGGCCUACACUUCUCCGACCUUUUACUUCUGAGGUGGACAAGGCAUCGAUGAUGACACUUCUAGACUCUAGUUACCAAGCACAGAUUGUGGAGUUUCUUAUUGUAUAUUAUGAGAAAAUUUUUGGGAUGGAUGACUUACCAAUUUCAACAUCUUAUGAUGGGGAUGCACCUCAGGUGGAGGGUCUUACAGACAGAGAUGGAGAUGAGUCUAACCCUGAAAAAACAACCUCACUCUCAACUGAGAGUUUAUCCUUUAAGCGAAAUUCAAGUGAGGGAUAUGUGUCAGACAAAUCAUCGUCCUAUGAAGCUCUCAAUGAACUCGGUGCUGAGAGUCUGCAGAACCCAGACAAAACAGAGGCCUCAGGAUUGUUAGAGGGUUUCGUUUCUGAAAUGUCUGAAGCAUGUUGCAUUUUGCAGGCAGGACUAGAUCACGAUGGACAUCUAGUUUCUUUAGCUCUACCAAGAAAUCACUUCAGUCGACAACCUGUGAAGCAUUCUCGUAAUGGACAGCCUGCCCUGAAACAUGUUUUGUCUGCACCGCCCUCUUUGCUUGGAGCCUUAGGUUCAGAAAUAGGUGAGCAUGGAGAGCAUGACUUGAACACCUCUGUCUCAAGCAAUCAUACUAUGGCAGGGGGAGAAGUUCAGUUGGACAUGCAGAGUGAGACUCAGGACACUAACAGUAACUGCUGCCCAGGGGACAGUACACAGCAAGGGCUACAGAAGCAACAGACAUGUGCAGAUGCCACAAAUGAAUCUACAGGAGUUGUCAGCAGAGCUCAUGCUGACAGAAUUAGCUGGCUUCGGUCAUCUAGUGUGGCGUCAGUUUCUGAAGACACUCUAUUCUCUGACCUUGCACUGAAUUUAAAUUCUUGCUUAUCAAAUUCAUUAGAAGAAGAGAUUUUCAGGCAACUGAAAGAUGCUAGUGUGUUGGACUCCAAAAAAGACCAAUGACUGCUUUCUGUGCUCAAGUUGGAAACCAUAGGGCUGAACAUGACCAACAUUACAUCUAAAACAUGACUAAGGGUUAAAAAAUUCGGUGGCACACUAAAUGCUGCUUCAUUCACAUCGCAAUGUUUUAAAGACUUAUUUAACACCUAAAGCACUGGUUUUACAUAUUCUUAUGCUCAUAACUAAACUUGAAGAAAUACAAUAUCAGGUUUUAAAAUAACUGUUGAACUUCCACAUUAACAAUAUUCUUUUCCAUCCUUGCUAAGUUCAGAACCAUACAUGCUGUAUUUAACGUUUUCAAGAUUCUAGAUGCAAACAUGGCAUAAUGCAGAAAUCAAUGUAUUUGAUGGUUUAUUUUAAAUGUAUGUUGUUCACUAUCUAUUUUUCUGUUGUAAAAUUGCAGCUGUGAAUCAGAAUAUCUGGCCUUCAUGCAGAGAUCUAAUGCAGAUUCUCUUUUGUUCUGCAUUUCCUAUAAAGCAAACAGUUUGAUAGCCCUGCAUAGUGGUACGGUUCAGUAUUAUAUGAGGAUAAUAGUUCAUAGGAAUAAUCUGUAAAUUCAUUCUAAUGAUCUUAGAAAUUCAAAAUCAUCAACCAUGAACAUUUCUUUCAUGAUGAACUUAAUGCUGAGUGAAGGGAACUCAUUGGUUUGCAGGUUAAAUUAAUAGGUGCAUUUCAUACAAGCACCGUAUACUUUUAUUUGUAAAGGUACCUUUUUCAUUAUGUUCUGUAAUAUUAAAAUGUUUUAUAAAUAUCAA